CUUUUUCCUGUCUGGGAACUGAAAGCCAGAUCUACAAAAUCCCCCAAAUUCAAUUUCUUAUUCGGAAUCGAGAAACCCUAACUCGAAUCUGGCUGCUUAAUCUCUCCAUCUGAUCCGGGUUCGCGAGCUCGGUACCUAGCACAUUGCGCGAUGGGCGAUUUCAAUCUCGCUCUCGUGAUCGUCGCAAUCGUCGUUUGCGUCCUCGUCUUCAUCUCCAGCAUCUACCUUCUCGUCAACUACCAGCAUCCUGACGAUGCGAACCAGGCCUAUUUCCCCAAAUUCGUCGUUGUUUUUGGUUUGUCCAUUGCCAUGAUCUCAAUCCUCAUGUUGCCGGCCGAUGUCGCGAAUCGGCAUGCGUGUCGGCAUGCGAUUUACAACGGCGCUUGCAAUCUCACCUUGCCGAUGAAGGAUCUGUGGCUUGCUAUUUACAUUGUGGACGCGGUGCUCGUCUUUUUCGUCAUCCCCUUCGCCAUGUUCUUCUAUGAAGGCGACCAGGACAAGAGUGUGGGGAAGAGGAUAAAGAGUGCUUUAUUGUGGGUGAUAACCACAGCUAUUGUUUGUGCUCUGGUACUUGGGAUUCUAUACGGACUCAUUGGGAAGGUGGACUUCUCUGUCAGGCACUUGUCUUCUGCCACAACUUCCUUCCCGACAACAUGGCAAUUUUCAAAUAAUCAACCUUGUAUUGGUAACACUGCUCGUCAGUGCUCAGCAUAUACAGCAAGUGCUUCAUCCGAGAAGACUUGGACUAUGCGUACUACCUUUCCAGAAUAUGUUGUUGCUCUUGCUACAAUUGUUGGGUCGGUGCUUUUCAUGAUAUUUGGUGGUGUUGGUAUUGCUUGUCUGCCGUUGGGCCUCAUUGCUUCAUUCAUCAGGCGACCAAAGGCUGUUAUCACUAGGUCACAGUAUAUAAAGGAAGCAACUGAGCUAGGUAAAAAGGCAAGAGAACUAAAGAAAGCAGCUGAUGCACUUCAUCAGGAAGAAAGAGGCGGUGCUAAGGGCAGGAAGUGGAGGAAAAAUGUGAAAGCAGUAGAAAAGGAGCUGCUUCAGUUGGAGGAAGAUGUGAACCUCUUAGAAGAGAUGUAUCCUCAAGGAGAAAAGGCAGAAACUGCUUGGGCUUUCACUGUCCUCGGAUACUUGGCCAAGCUUGUCCUUGGAGUCUUAGGAUUGAUUGUUUCAGUGGCCUGGGUUGCACACAUCAUCAUAUAUCUACUUAUCGACCCUCCUCUCUCCCCUUUUCUUAAUGAAGUUUUCAUCAAACUGGAUGAUGUCUGGGGUCUUCUAGGCACUGCUGCCUUUGCUUUCUUCUGUUUCUACCUUCUGCUUGCCGUUAUUGCUGGGGCUAUGAUGCUUGGUCUGAAGCUGGUUUUCAUUACCAUUCAUCCUAUGAAGUGGGGAGCUACACUAAUGAACUCUUUCCUAUUCAAUGUUGGUCUUAUUCUUCUUUGUUCCAUCAGUGUGAUUCAAUUCUGUGCGACUGCAUUUGGAUACUACGCCCAAGCCACUGCCGCCCAGGAAAUCUUUGGCCACACUCUGGAGUCCCUCCGAGGAAUUAAGUACCUCUACAAGUACAAUGUUUUCCAAAUUGGGUUUGUUGUUCUGGCGGGACUGACCUUUAUAUAUUACAUUGCCUUUGGAUGGAGAAGAAAAAAGGCCAGUGGGCGGUUCCAGCUUUCCUCGUAAUGUAAAAAUCUUUUUUCUUCUGGAUCAUGAGGAGUGUGUCGCAGUGCUGUCCACAAAUCAUCCCCUAUUCAAAAGAACGGAGAUUCAAGAUCUUAAUGUUUGGCCUUAGUUUUCAAUGUUUAUUCGGAUGGGUCUAGGGGUUGGUCGGAACAUCACACUGCCGAAAGCUUCUCUGCUUUUUUCUCUGGUCUGUGUAUUAUCAUCUUUCACCUCCGCUGCUCUGUAUGUAUUGUUUAUUUCUAUCACGAAAGAUGCCUUUGUUUUUUUUUGUUGUUUUUGGUUUGGAUUGAGCUUGUCUCUUGUAAGCAUUUUGACCAGCGAAUUUCAUGAGUUGUUAGUUUCCGUUUGCGUUU